AUGCCCAAACAAGUAAUACAGCCGAUUUCUCUCCUCAAACGAAAUUUAAAGUCGAAGCAGCAAAUUUUCCACGUUAAAAGUACCCCGAAAAUCCUGUCAAAAUAUAAGUACAAGAGGAAAAGCUCUGUAGAUCUCCAACAACAGUUCACGAAAUCGGAGACCACAGAGAUCCAAGCAAUUGAAUUUGAAGCCCUCCCGAAGACUUUGCAAGCGUAUUUCAAGACUUCGCAGAUGAAAAACCACAUAAAGCCGGACAGAUACGCUUCACAAGAGAUUCCUGAAUUUCACCACAAGGAAAAGCCAAGCUCGCCUCAGCAGCAAGUAAAGAGCACAACAGAGAAAGUGGAAGAUGGGACUGUUUACUGUAUAUGUAAUAGACCUUACCAGCAAGGAGAAAUCAUGUUUAAGUGUGAAGGAUUUUGCGGCAAUUGGUAUCAUCCGAAUUGUAUCAAUAUGCAGGCAAGCGAAACAGAGAGGCAGCUGAAUACCAAUGAGAGGUGGUACUGUCCAGAGUGCUUACAAACGGCGAUUGAGGUCAUGCAAGAUUCGAACGUUGUCAAGGAAAGUAAAAGAAUGAGGGCCAACUAA